GGGGCGAGCUUCGCGGGGGCUGUCGGGAAAGGCGGUCGGCCUAUAUAAGCGGCCUGCGGGGCGUUCCCUCGCGCUGAGGUAGCCGAGCUGUCUCAGGGAGGCUGGUCGAGUUGGAGGGGGUGGCUUACAGUCGCUGAUCCAGCAUCUCAGGGACGAUGGCGGAGGGAGAUAAUCGUAGCACCAACUUGCUGGCUGCAGAGACUGCAAGUCUGGAAGAGCAGCUGCAAGGAUGGGGAGAAGUGAUGCUGAUGACGGAUAAAGUCCUCCGAUGGGAAAGAGCCUGGUUUCCACCUGCCAUCAUGGGUGUGGUUUCUUUGGUGUUUCUGAUUAUCUACUAUCUAGAUCCAUCUGUUCUGUCCGGUGUUUCCUGUUUUGUUAUGUUUUUGUGCUUGGCUGACUACCUUGUUCCCAUUCUAGCGCCUAGAAUUUUUGGCUCCAAUAAGUGGACCACCGAACAACAGCAGAGAUUCCAUGAAAUUUGCAGCAAUCUAGUAAAAACUCGGCGCAGAGCUGUGGGCUGGUGGAAACGCCUCUUCACACUAAAGGAAGAAAAGCCUAAAAUGUACUUCAUGACCAUGAUCAUUUCUCUUGCUGCGGUUGCUUGGGUGGGACAACAAGUCCACAACCUGCUUCUCACCUACCUGAUAGUGACUUUCUUACUGUUGCUUCCUGGACUUAACCAACAUGGAAUCAUUUCAAAGUACAUCGGAAUGGCCAAAAGGGAAAUCAACAAGCUUCUCAAACAAAAAGAAAAGAAAAAUGAAUAAUUCAUUUGCUUUCUUCAAUGUGAUUAAUGGAGUGUACAUUAUCCCUGGGAACAGUUUCUACUAUACUAUGUGGAUACUAAAAUGUUACAGAAGUAGCUCUUUGCUCUCCCUCACUCUGCCCGUAGUUAAUAGAAAUUCAGACUCGCCAAGUAUGGCUUUGUGCAUAGUGUCUUCAUGUCAAGUGUAGUUGGAUACGUUCUCAUCCAUUGGCCUUAAUAUGGACAACUCAUUAGUGAGUGUGACUUACUUUGAUUUUUCUCACCCAGCGUUAAUUGAAUUCUUACUUUUAGGCAACUUCCUUUAAAAUAACAUAGUGGUGGACUUUACCCUUUAGUUCAGUUAAUGUGACUUUGGAUAAUUGUUGGAGUUGAUCUUUGCUUUAGCUAGAUACAAGAUAGUGGUCUGUGGCUACAGGAAGCUGGUUCUACUGUCUGCUUUCACAGUCUGCUUAAAAAACUGUCUGAUUUCAGGAAUAUAGAGACCAAAUUUAUCACUUCUGAUGAAGAGACCAGUUAAGAAUCAUUCCUCAUUCUGUUUCUUUGCUGUGGGGAAGAAUCCCCAUGGAAUAAAAUGAAACUAAUUCCAUGCCCUAGUGUAUGUAGGUUUCUCUUGUGUAAAACUUAACAAUUUGUAGGAAACAUUGGUCCUUUCUCCCAAAUGAGGAAAAUCUGACAGGCUUAGAGCUCUUGUCCCCUUGCACUAAGACUUCAAGUUAGUAAAUAUGUAAAGGCUUUUUAAUAGCAGACUUCCAAAAGAUUACAUUUAGGAUUUUUAGCAUACUUUUAAUUUUAUAUUUUCAGCUGACAUUAGCUAUAACAUACAGUAGGUUAAGACUCAUCUAUGACCUUUACUCCAAGACCAGCCAGUAAAGGCCAAAAGUCAUCUUUGUUUAGUCAAGAUUCAUUUCAGUAGAAAGUAGUCUUAUCUGCCUAAAUUUUCAGACCAGAAUAAGCCUUUAAGUGUAAUUCUCAUUUUAUGGUAAUUACCUGGCUUUUUUAGUCCCUGUAGGUUUGGCAUAAAAGAUAGUGAUUACACUGGCAUCUGACAUUUUUCUAAAUAUUUCUCUUAAAAAAUGCAAGGGCUGUUGGUGAGAGCAGACUUGAGUGGUGAUAGUUGGCCUCUGGUCUACUUAGAUUUUGUAAUUUCUUGGAAAGCCUGUUAGAAUCAUUCUUUCCUUCUCAGUAGCUAGCAAUUUAGAGUAGCUGAAAUCUAUAGGAAUGAAUCUUUGAGGGCCAAAAAUGUGACAUAUUUGGGAACAAUUCUUAAACUGAUUAACUAGCUGUAAUAUAGUUUUGUGAAUUUAUUGCACUGAUGCUGUAAAACCUGUACCUUGUGGUAUAUCUGUCCCUAUUAAGUGUUAUUUUCUCUCCCUUUAAUAUUGCUGUAAACAGUGAUACCCAUUGUAGCAUAUGUUUGAUUUUUUUAAUGUUUCAUGUGAAAACUACCUUAAUUUUACAAUUUUUUCCUCAUUGUAAAUAAGCCCUUCCUCCUACCCAGAUUUUUUUGUGUAUACGUGUUCUACUGAAUUCUACUACUUUUACAGUUUUAAUCCUGUAUUAUUUCUUCUACUUUGUUUUGUGUAAAUGGGGAAAAUAAAAAAAGCUGGAAUUUU